UUUAAUCCUCACGUUGUGGAGAGCAACUUGAACAGAAAGGAGUAAACGUUUUGGGGAAGCAGAAAGCAGGGUCUCCUAACAAAAGAGUCCAAAGGCUGUUUCGUAAAGUCGGAAUUCAAGAAUCAUUGUAUCCAAUGGAUUACACUGCACCGCCCAAUUAGUUACAUACCCAAAUUUCCAGCUUUUUGCAUUAUCUUUCUCUUUCUCUCUCCCUUUUCUUAAUUCGUCUGUUUUUGCCAAUCUGAAAAAGAAAACCUCAAUCGAAGCUAAAGGGCAGUUUAUAUUUAGAUAACGUAUUCUUAUUCAAAGUUGAUUAAGAAAGAUUGGUCCAGUUAUGGCUGACCAUAACCAUCAGGAUGACUUGGACGAACUUCUUGACAGUGCUCUUGAUGAUUUCCAGGGUCUCAAUCUCACUCCUGCCUCUCAGAGGAAUGGAGGAGAUGGUAAUAAUGAGAGUAAGCAGCAAGAAUCAGCUCCUUCACUGCCAAAGGGGGUUCAAGGUUUGGGUGGUGGGGGACUACCUGACUUGGUCAGCAAGAAGAAGGGAAAGCAAAAGGCUGCAAAGGAAUCCCAUGUUGUGGAGGCACUUGAUCAACUUAGAGAACAGGCUAGGGAGGCUGUUAAGGGAUUGGAAUCUGUCUCUGGUCCAAAACCAGUUGAUUUUAGCAAUGAUUUAAUGGAUGACUGGGUUAAGCAGUUUGAGGAACUUGCCGACACACGGGACAUGAAUUCUAUUGUAGAGACAAUGAUGCAACAACUUUUGUCUAAAGAAAUUCUUCAUGAACCCAUGAAGGAAAUUGGAGAGAGAUAUCCAAUAUGGUUGGAGGAGAACAAAGCCAGAUUGACAAACGAAGAUUAUGGGCGCUACACUCAACAAUAUGAACUCAUUAAGAAUCUUAAUGAAGUUUAUGAGAAUGAACCUAAUAACUUUACCAAGAUUACUGAUCUCAUGCUGAAAAUGCAAGAAUGUGGCCAACCGCCAAAUGAUAUUGUGCAAGAGCUAGCUCCUGAGAUUGAUUUUGCUAAUCUUGGCCAAAUAACUCCGGAGAUGCUCGAGGCCCAGACAAAUUGUUGCAUAAUGUGAGACUACUAUCUUCCUCUGAUUUCCUGUACUCGGUAUUUGUAGUUUCACUUUGCCUGGUAGGUAAUUUCUGAAAUGUAUUCUUGAGAGAUAAAGCAGGGUGCAGAAAUUAUGGUUAUUUUCUUUUCCCACCUUUUAAUAAUAGAAGGAAAUGCUGAAAUCAAGGGCCUUGCUUCAUGUUAAACUUGUACAUGAUUUAGGGUUUGUUGGAGAAGGGCUGAUGAUUCAUGGAAGGCAAGUUUCAUUUAUAUUGGAUUUGUUAUAAAUGAAUUUCACAAGUUUUUGUGGAUUUA